CUUCGACUCAGAUAAGCAAGAACCAAGUUGCUGCGCCCAUGUGCGAAAAGGCCGGUGAGGACCUUUCCUGUAGUUAGCUCAAUAGAGGAUCUGCUGGGCGGUAAGUCCCAGAGUAAGAGUGCUUUUACUUUAAUAAGACCGAUUGACUGGCCAAUCAGUCAAAGUUGUUUUUGUCCAUGUAUGGCAUCAUGAAGGGUGGUCAACACAGAUCUCACUUCGGUGAUGGCUGAUAAGAUCGUGUCUCCUCAGAAUGCUUUCCUUGUCUUUUCUUGUCUUCUCCUCUCUCUCUCCGUUACACAGCAAUCUACCCUAGCUCACAAGCUCGCAGUGGUUCGUCUUGCCAAGCUGGCAAUCCUGACAGAUUGUGCGUGACAGACAUGGGACUUGGCCGUCAGGCCGCUUAGGACAUUGCGUGAAACCGCUCUCUCUAGAGGUGAUAUAUGAGGAGGGGACGGACGAGCCUUUCUUGUUAGCCUCUGCACAGUCCUGAUCUAAAGUUGAUGGAUCCCGAGCUAUUUCGACGAGUCCAGCCCGCAGACUUUCUGCAGAGGCAGCUUGCUGAUGGCGCCAGGCCUGACGGACGACCCUUCACGGCCACUCGCAAGAUGAAGCUCAACACAAACUCACUCCCAAACUGGUGAACAGAAGCAAAGCACCGAUUUGUUAAUGAGUGCCUCCUCUGCAGUGUGAUGUGGUCUGAUCUGUGUUCCAUCCACCAGCGAGGGCUCAGCAACGUUGCGGUGCGGCUCCUCGCUCUACGUGGCUGGCGUGCGGGGAGAGAUCGGUUCGCCCACUGAUGCCGCCCACCCGUCCCACGGCCGCAUUGUGGUGACGACUGACUUCUCCAAGCUGUGUGGCGCCGACUUCAGAGACGAAGCGGGGCCCUCGCAGAACCUCUCUGUGCUCCUCUCCAAGACCCUCACCCAACUGGUUAACCACCACAAGGCCAUCGACCUUUCGCAGCUGUGCAUCAAGGAGACCGAGGCCGUCUGGGUGCUCUAUGUCGACGUGGUCUGCCUCGAGUACGACGGCAACUUCGCCGACCUUCCCCUGCUCGCAUCUGUGGCGGCGCUGCGGAAUGUCCGGCUGCCCGUCGUCACAUACGACACCUCGGCCAAGGCCUACCGGCGCACGACGGACGAGGCGACCCAGCGGGUGCACUUCAAGUCAUCUCCGGUGUGCGUGACGUUCUCUCGUGUGCUCGACGAGGAUGCCUACUGGCUGGCCGAUCCGACGCGUGAAGAGGAGGAGCUCGGGACGGCGCUGACGGUGGCCUUUGUGGGCGGGGCUGGGGAGAGGGAGGUGACGCCCAUUAGGUGGGGAGGGGCGCCUGUCGACCUGGAGAGGGUGAGCAGGAGGCUGCUGCCCACUGCAAGCCGCAUCAAGGAGGACGUGUAUGACGCCCUGCUCGUGGGUUAGCUGGUGCAUUGAGCGGGUGGCUGUGUGGACAUAUUGACAGUUCAAUGGCUGAGUGUAUGGGGCCGCUAGAAGGACAUCGAUUGAGACAGUAGUAAGCACGGCAAGCAGAGUCCAUCAACGCAUCCAUCCAUCAGUGAGUGUCAC